CUUGCUUGCAACCAGCUGCAUACACUGGUAUCAUCUCCAACAAUGGCCUUGAGGACUUUCCUCUUUGCAGUGGUCUUGUUGGCUGGACUGUGUGCACCAGUAGCGCAAGCCCAACUCGGGCGAAUCCUCAUCAGUGGUAUUGUUCCCUGCAGCAAUAGCACCAAGACAAGCACUGCGACUACACCUGUCUUCCCAAAUGCUUUGGUGCAGCUACAGUGUGGUGGCAGCGUAGUUUCCAGUGCAACCACAGAUGAUAAUGGAGUAUUUACCAUGGUACUCAAUCUGGUAACAACGCUCUUAUCAACACUUUUGAGUGGCUGCAAGCUGGUGGUCGGCACCCCUCUCUCUACCUGCGAUGCAUCGCUCCCAUCCGAUGGUUUCCUUCAAUCAGCCUUGCAGUUCAUCACUGGUGGUCUUCUCAGCGGCGUUCUCGGUGGCAUCUUCAAUAUCAUUCCAGCGGGUUUCAAUCUUGUUCACUAACUCGACGUACAGUGGAGGAUGGUUUCUAAAUGCCAUUCUAUAGAUAUGAAAAAUAAGGUGGAAUCGUCCAUCUAAAGUGUGAUCCUUUGAAUGCUUAUAUAUGUAGCCAUGGACUGUUAGUGCUACUGCUGUAACAGGCCUAAUGCAUAAGAAUAUAUAAAGGGUCCUCUGUGGUUAACAAUGGGCCUUGCUCAGUUAUGUAUUUUAGUUUCUCUAUUCCAAUAAAAUUUAGCAAGUCUGCCAUAUAUUUGUUCUUCAAAA